AUGACAGGUUAUUUGACAAACGAUCAAAAUAAACAAAUUCAAGGUAAUGUAGAAGCUGAAAAGGCUCAAUGGAAAUAUAAACAAGCUUCUUCCGAUUCACCUUUAUCUAUUCCUAUACCUAGUAAAGAAGGGUUGAAAGGGAAGUUAGAAAGUGUUCAAGGGAUCGUGAUGGGGGAUCAAGAGAAACAGAAGGAAGGGAAUAAUAGAGCUGAGAAAUCUGCUUGGAAGGAUGGGGUCUGA